AUGACACUGAUGAAUGUUUUCGAUUUGUUCGAUUUUGAUGAAAGUGGUACGUUGUGCCGGAAUGAAUUUGAUAUAUAUAAUACCUUGGCAAGCGAUGAACAUGUCACCGAUCAGGUUAACUAA